AUGUCUGGCCAAGAGAUUUCUCCUGGCUCGGUGAUCACCUUGACCGAUGGACGACAGGCUACUGUUCGUUUCUUUGGGAGCACCCAUUUCGCACCUGGAGAAUGGAUAGGUGUUGAAUUGACCGACGCCACCGGAAAGAACGAUGGCGCAGUCCAAGGAGAGCGCUAUUUUGAUUGCGAACCAGGAUAUGGCAUCUUUAUUCGUCCAACGGCCGUGGGUGCGGUCCUCGAUCAAUCGGAGCAAGAGAGUAAACAAACCACAGCAACCGAACGAAAUGCAGCCUCCAGCAGACAAUCCAUUUCAGCCGGCGCACGAAAACCGGCUGGUUUACCUCCAAGUGUUGCCAAGCGCCAAAGUACCAAUGCGAUUGGAACCCCUACUCCGGCUCCCAAGAUGACAGCUCGAUCGUCCAUGAGGUCACCAACAAAGUCACCAAUCAAGCAGCUCACCACAACCUCCACAACUUCUGGUCGCCCCUCGGUUGGAGGGGCACCGCGCACUUCCACGGUAGCCCCUAACCGACCUCGACUGGCUUCCACCGCCAGAGCCUCGAUGGGACAAUCGACUGUCCAACCCAACACGUCCCGAUUCUCCCGUUCCUCCGUGUCAGGCCCUUCGCCAAGAAGCUCGAGACCAGGGUCACAGACCGCGAUCUCGAGCGCAGGACCGAGCGCAGGACCUGGGUUAUCUAAGCGUCCCUCUUUGCGGAAAGCUUCUCCCAUAAAGGCCUCGGAUGGGGGCGAGGCUGGUACAGGUGGACCAUCGGAAGAGCCUACAGAUGCAGAAUCUCCCGACACAGGAGUCGAAAGCCCUCAAGAUGAAGAAGCUGCCCCGACAUUGCCCCCUCAGCCAGCAGCCAGGCCUCCCCGACAAUCCCUGCCGGCAAACCGAUCGACUGGACCUCGACUGGGAGCUGCAGGGUCAACAACACGCCAAGCACCGGGUGCCGCAGUCGUCCGGGAGCUAGAGGAGCUCCAGACCAAGCUUCGAGUCCUUGAGAAGAAGCGGGCUGAUGAUCGCGAAAAAUUGAAAACCUUGGAGCAAGUGCAAACCGAGCGUGAUAAAUUCGAAUCCGUCAUUCAAAAGCUGCAAGCCAAGUAUCAGCCACAGCAGAUGGAGAUGACAGAGCUUCGGAAAAAACUCAAAGAGACCGAAGGCCGCCUUGAAGAAGUAGAGCGGAUGCAGGCUGAACACGAGUCGCUCAUGGAAAUGGCUGCACUGGACCGAGAAAUGGCAGAAGAGACUGCCGAUGCUUUUAAGCACGAAUGCGAGGCCCUCCGAUUGAAAUUGGAAGAGCUUCAACUAGAAGUCGAGGUCUUGCGUGAAGAGAAUGAGGAGUUUAGCCAGGUUACAAGCCCUGAAGAGCGCUCUAGUCAUGGGUGGUUGCAGAUGGAGAAAUCGAAUGAGCGUUUACGUGAGGCCCUUAUUCGCCUACGAGACAUGACCCAGCAGCAAGAAGCAGAUCUCAAAAGCCAGAUCAAGGAACUGGAAGAAGACCUUGAAGAAUACUCCGCUGUCAAGUCUGACUAUGAAGCCGCAAAAGAGAGACUCCUGGUUGCGGAGACCAAUGUGGACGAUCUCAAGCAGCAAUUGGAGACCGCGCUUGGAGCCGAGGAAAUGAUCGAAGAACUGGCGGACAAGAAUAUGCGUUACCAGGAGGAAAUCAACGAGCUCAAGGCUGCUAUUGAGGAUCUUGAAUCCCUCAAAGAGAUUAGUGACGAGCUGGAGUACACCCAUAUCGAGACAGAGAAACAACUUCAAGAAGAGAUUGACUACCGAGACGGCGUCUUUACCGAGCAGAUCCGAAAGAUUGCGCAGCAAGAUGAAGUCAUCGAGGACCUGGAGUAUACACUGUCUCGUUUUAGGGAACUGGUUACAAAUCUACAGGCCGACCUGGAAGAUAUGCGGGCGUCUCAACAGAUUUCUGAAGCUGAGGCUACCGAUUUGAGUACCCGGUCGCGAGCCAUGAUGGAUUUGAAUAUGAAACUCCAAGCAUCAGUGUCGAAGGCCCAGACAAAAACCAUUGAUGUGGAGCUUAACCGAAUGGAGGCAGAAGAGGCUGCACAGCAUCUCUCGAUCGUGAAGCUUUACCUCCCCGAAUACUUUGAAGAGGAGCGCAACUCGGUCCUAGCCCUUCUUCGCUUCAAGCGUGUUAGCUUCAAGGCAACCGUAAUGAAUAACACAAUUCGCGAGCGGAUUUCAGAGCAAUCAUCAAUCUCUACUUACGAUGAGGUGUUUGAUGCUCAUGAGGUUUCCGAGCACCUCCUGUGGAUCUCGACUGUUUGUGACCGGUUUGUGAGCUUUAUCAGUGCUUGCUCUCCAGAACAAUUUACCACCACAAAGGCUUCUCUUUUCGAGAUGGAGCCAGUCGAACGUACCCUGAAUUUCUGGAUUGAAACUCUGAAAAAGAACGAUAUCAACAUGAAGAAGUUCGCUGUCGAGCUUCAAAGGUCCAUUGCAUUGCUAGCACAUCUGGCGGAGACCAAUCUUCCUCAGACACCUGAGCUAUUUGCAAAUGAGUUAUGUAUGCGUGCAAGCCUCUCCCAGUCGUACCUGGAUCACGCUGCAGCGGUCAUUGCACGCGUGAAAUCCUUGAUCCAGUCCAAGCUCGGAACCCCAGAGGAAGGAAACGAGGAGGAUUCAUUUACCUUGAAGCAGCUCGAGGCUUUCGUUUCACAGACCAGGGGAUAUAAGGUCGCCAUGGGAAAAAUAUGUCGUGCGCUCGAUGAUUUGCGUUCUAGGUCUCUUGCACUUUCUCAAGAUUCUGAUGAACCUUUCAAGAAGAUUGAGAUCUUCACCAAAACCUUAUCAGAGCUGGCACGGAAAUUGGGCGGGAACAUUGUGACCCUCACCAGUGACGAGAGUCGUACCGAACCAUAUACUUUGCACGAGGUGCUCGAGACCAUGUCGCAGGCUAUGGCAACAGCCUCGCAAUCCUCUGAAGGCUCCACAGAGUCCGACGAUCCUUUAUCGUCACUGAUCAACAAAUUACGUGAGAUUGGAGCGUAUAUAGAGGAGUUGGACUCCAUCUCAGCCGAUCUUUCUCGGACCAUUGAAUUCGAGAGGGGUGCUUUCCCUUGGAUUUCCCGGUCAGAGGAGCUAAAGUCUAACAAGACAAUCUCUCCAGACGCUGAUGAGGAGAUUCGGCGCCUGAAAAAUGAAGUCCACGAGGUCUCCACUGCCUUGGGCGUUAAGGACAAUACUCUUGAAGAGCAAGGCAUUAAGAUUGAGCUUCUCGAAUCUCGUAUGCGUGAGGCCACUAAGAAAGCGUCUCUGGUAAAGGACUUGGAAGCGAAAGUUGAAAAAAUUCAAGAAACUGGCUCCGAGCUCGAGAGAACUGUUGAGCGUCAGAAGAAGGAGCUUCAGACCGCCGAAGCUGAGCGCGAUGAAUUCAAGAACCGUCUUGAGAGGAUGAAGCGUGUGUCUGGAACCGCAGGUGUGGCGACUACUAAAGAUGGCCUCGUCAUUGAUAAUGAGGCCUCCUUGGCAGCGAUGCAAGAGAACGAAACUCUGCGUGCAGAGGUGGAUAGCCUGCAAGCAGCCGUGAGGUACUUGCGGGAGGAGAACCGUCGUGCAAAUUUACUCGACCCAUACUCUGUUCAGCGGUCAACGGAUAUGCAUGCUUGGUUGGAUGCACCUCUCUCCCGCCAGGCCUCCACUACCGAGCAAGAGAAAAUACAGCGCACUGCUCUGGAGAGUCGGGACAUCCUAAAUCAUCUCCUCAAGCUCACAAAGGAGGCCCGUAUCUGCGAUCUGAAGUCAACUCUAGCACCACCAGCCAACAGCGACAACGGCGAUGCCGCCCGUACUACAUGGCGUGCAUCAAAAUCUCGCCUCCGAUAUCAAGUGCUUCAGCAACGCGAAAACCUCGAGCACUGGUCCGAAUGGCGCAACGACAUUGUACACCACGAACGUGAACAGGAACGCCUCGCCGCAGCCAAACGAGAACGUGCGUUGCGUGACCGCCUCCCAAAGCAUGCGCACAAAGCCUCUAUUGAGUUUCCUCAGGGUCUCGGCCACGGCAUGAUGGGCCGAGCGUGGCAGAUUCUCGGCAUGCAACAGAAUCAUAGCAAGGCUGCGUCAACGAGUGGAACUGGACCAGACGGCGUGGAGAUCGUUUCCACCGACUGA